AUGGCGAGCACGACUCCCAGUGAGAGUGUGGAUAGUGAGUUGCACUGCUCCAUCUGCCUGGGCACGUUCGUCUGCCCCUCCACGCUGAGCUGCGGACACUCCUUCUGCCUGCGGUGUUUGGAGGCCGUCUGGGAGACGGCGAGCAGCUUCAGCUGCCCGCAGUGCCGAGCGACCUUCCCUGUGCGACCCCAGCUGAGGAGGAACGUGACCCUCGCCAACCUGGCAGAGCAGCUCAGAGUUGGAGACGGGAUGGCCACGGUCGUCAUGUGUGACAAUUGCGGUGACGGCCACACUCCUGCAGUGAAGACCUGCCUGAGAUGUGAGAUGUCCUACUGUUUUUCUCACUUUAGGCCUCACGUGGAGAAUCCCAGGUUGAGAGACCACGCCGUGGUAGAUCCCACUGCGAGCUUGGACGAGAGAAGAUGCCGUAAUCACAAACGGGAGCUGGAAUUCUACUGCACAGUAGAUAGAAGCCUGGUUUGCUCAUCUUGCGUCAUCGCAGGAGAACACACAGUACACAAGGUCCUGACGCUGAAGGACGAGCACGAGACACGGAAGACGCGCGUAGGGGAGGAGACACGAGCGGUGGAGGAGAAGAGGAAGGAGGCGGAGGAGUCCGUGAAGCGGAUGGAGGCCGCUCGCAAGGAGGCGCAGGAAUCGGUGGCCGGGAUCAGGGGUCGCAUCACGGGCAAGUUCGCCCGCCUAAAGAAGGCUCUGGACGAAGACGAGAGAGAGGCUCUCCAACGCGUGGCCUUGAAGGAGCGCGAGCUGCUGUCCCGGAUAGACGAGGACAUCGCUCGUCACAAGCGAGAGAUCAGCGAGCUCCAGGCGGAGGCCGCUCGCCUGCGCACCCUGCAGCACGAGAGGGACUCGCUCGCCUUCCUGCAGGGGCACCUGGAGGAGACGCGCAGGAGAGAGAUCCCAAAGGAAUCUGCACCCCAACCUCCCACUUCACUGGACCCCACCAGGAUCUGCUCCCUUGAAAGGGCCAUGCGCAGACUCCUGCCUCUCGUCUAUGGACGCUCACCGACUCUGGACACAAACUCAGCCUGCGACCACCUCCAGAUUUCCUCGGAUCUCAGGACGGUGACGCAGAGCGAUGUCCCUCAGGGUCGCCCCCAUCACCCAAACCGCUUUGAGUACCGGCCACAAGCGCUCUGCUCUGAGAGCUUCUCGUGGGGUCAGCACUACUGGGAGGUGGACGUGGGGAGCGCGGAGUGGUGGUGUCAGGUUGGAGUCGCGUACGCGACGAUCCCAAGGAGAGGGCGUGGUGAUGAGUGCUGCCUGGGAGGGAGUGACGUCUCCUGGUGUCUACAGAAACUUGGCGACAGCUUCUCAGUGCUGCAUGGUGGGGUAGUGACGUCACUGUCAGUUCCGCAGCCUCCGCGGAGAGUCGGGGUCCAUCUGGACUGGGACGCGGGGCUGCUGUCGUUUUACUGCACCGACUCCAUGUUGUUGUUGCACUCGUUUCACCAAACAUUCACUCAGCCCCUACACCCUGGGCUGGGGGUGUGGGGUGAUGGUGGUGAGUCAGUGAGGAUUGUGGAUCUGAGUGGUGCGUCCUGA